UAUAUGCUGGUGCUGUUUCAGGGUGUAAUCGUUUUCACUGCUUAAUUCUGACAGCAGAGGGUGUAUACAUUCAAGGCUGGAAAAAUGGAAUUUGCAGAAUUCAUCAAGAUCCCAAUGGUUGAUGGUGUAAUAAUGAAGAGACCAUUUGAGGGCCAAGUAGAGGGCACACUCUGUGUCACAGGACAUCAUCUGAUUUUGUCUUCUCGAAAGGACCAAAGGGAAGAACUUUGGCUUCUUCACAGUGCAGUUGACAGCAUUGAAAAGAAACUGAGUGGUUCUGGUGGAAGUCUUUACCUCCGAUGUAAAGACUUUGGUGUUGUACAGCUGGACAUUCCAUCUGCUGAUGACUGCAUCAGUGUAUCCAGCUCAGUAGAGCAACUCUCAAACAUAGAUGACAUGACACUGAAAUACCCAUUCUUCUACCGAGCUAACUUUGAAGUGAUGGAGGAUGGCUGGCAAGCAUUUUUACCUGAAACAGAAUUCGGGCGUUCUAAGGAAUGUUCUGAUGAAUGGAGACUUAGUUAUGUCAACAAGGACUUUCAGGUGUGCUCAUCUUACCCACAGGCGUUGAUUGUUCCAAAAUUAGUGGACGAUGAAACUGUUGCUAAAGCAGCAACCUUCCGCCAAUACGGCAGAUUCCCAGUAUUGAGCUAUUACCAUAAAGACAGCAAGGCAGUCAUCAUGCGUAGUAGUCAGCCUCUCACAGGGCAGAAUGGGCGGAGAUGUAAAGAAGAUGAAAAACUUCUAAAUGCUGUUCUUGGAAUUGGACGGAGAGGAUAUAUUGUUGACACAAGGGCUCAGAGUGUUGCAAAGAUGGCUCAAGCUAAAGGAGGAGGAUAUGAACCAGAAGCACAUUACUCACAGUGGCGGAGAAUUCAUCAGCCAGUAGAAAGGAGACAGGCAUUCCACGACUCUCUCAUCAAGCUGAUGGAAGCAACCAGUGAUGGUGGUGCUAGCAUGGACAAAUGGUUAUCCAAGUUGGAAUCCAGCAACUGGCUCACUCAUGUAAAGGACAUCCUGACAUGUGCUUGUGUUGUUGCCCAGUGUGUGGAUAAAGAAGGAGCCACUGUGUUGGUUCAUGGGUCAGAGGGUUUGGACACGACACUGCAAGUGACUUCAAUUGCCCAGCUUAUUCUCGAUCAUGACUGCAGGACUGUAACAGGGUUUGAGGCACUUGUGGAACGUGAAUGGAUACAGGCAGGACAUCCUUUCCGCAGUCGUUGUUCUAAGUCGGCAUAUGCUAUAACCAAACAGCGCCAGGAGUCACCCAUUUUUCUUCUCUUUUUAGACAGUGUGUGGCAAAUUUGGCAGCAGUUCCCUUGUUCUUUCGAAUUCAACGAGAACUUUCUGGUGUUACUUUUUCAACAUGCAUACAGUUCUCAAUAUGGUACAUUCCUAUGUAACAAUGAAAAGGAGAGAGCUGGUCACCAUCUAACAACUAGGACUGUCUCUCUAUGGUCCUUCAUCAACCGGCCUGAGAUUCUGCAACAAUAUCUCAAUCCAAUGUAUGAUCCCAAUCCAUCAGUCAUCUGGCCAUCUGUAGCACCACAAAGUCUGUCCUUGUGGAGUGGCCUGUAUUUGAGGUGCCAAGUCAACCAAAAACCAGAAGAGGAAGCCUGGGCAGAGAUUACAAAGAUUCGUGAAUUUGACAAGGAACUGAAAGCAAAGGUUACCAAACUUAGAAGACAACUGGCAAGCAUGGAAAAAGAAGCUUUGUCUGCUGGGGCCGUACUUCCCUCAACACUCGAUUGAAUAUUUCAACAGCAGCUGUAUCCGAGAUGACAAUAUUGAAUGAAUUUGAUGUCUGUUAACAGGAAUUACAUUUGAUGUAAUGGUACAACAACCUUAAAUGUUCACUUGAUUCCCUUCAUAUACUUUAAAGAUGGAAAUGUUUUUCAUGCAGCUUUCAUGACCUGAGCUUUCUGUGCUUUUGGUGUGACAGUGCUAACCCCAUCCAUCUGUUUAUCCAUUCAUUACAACGUUUACAUUUUAAACAACUGUUCAGAAAUCUAAGGCCUGUGAGGUGAUUCCUGCUAAGGGGCCUUGUUCAUAGAAGUAUGGCCUCCAAGGUUGCCAUGUUAACAUUGACAGUCAUUACUCAGACACACAGUGUUGACCUGUAUAAAAUGCUGACUCAGGCUUUUACCUGUGUCUG